AUGGGUGAACCAUCAUCAUCCCCUCCCAAUGUUCAAAUCCCUAUUGUUGGCAUGACUUUUAAUUCUGAAAAUGAACUUCGUGAGUAUUAUAAUGCUUACGCACAAUCAAAGGGUUUUGGCAUUUGUAAGUUAGGAGCAAGAAAUGGGCAAGAUGGAAAGCAAAAGUGGUUCUCCAUUGCUUGUGCUAAAAAUGGUGUAUUUACUUCAAAAGGGAAAAAUAUUUUACAACUUAGACCUUCCAUCAAGACGAAUUGUAAGGCUAAGAUUAACGUUGCUGUUAGGAAUGAGUGUGAAUUUGAGAUUACUAGUGUCUACCUUGAGCACAACCAUAUAUUGAGCCCGGGAAAGUCUAGACAUAUUAGAUCUCACAAAGUUCUAGAUUCAAUUGCGAAGAGAAGAUUGGAAGUAAACGACGUAGCUGGAAUACCUUUGUCAAAAACAUUUCAAUCUAUUGUGGUUGAAGUUGGAGGAUAUGAGAAUUUGAACUUUGAUGAGAGAAGUUGUAGAAAUUUUAUUUCGAAAGCUAGAAGGUUGAGGUUAGGAAAUGGUGAUGCCGAAGCUCUUUGUCAAUAUUUCAACCGAAUGCAAAGUAGAUGUUUAAAUUUUUAUUAUCUUUAUGAUCUAGACGAGGAAUCCCGAAUAAAGAAUGUAUUUUGGGCUGAUGGUAGAUGUAGGGCUGCUUAUGAGUAUUUUUCGGAUGUCAUAACUUUUGACACAACAUAUUUGACAAACCGCUAUGACAUGCCUUUUGCUCCCUUUGUCGGGGUUAAUCAUCAUGGACAAUCUAUUUUGCUCGGAUGUGGCUUACUAUCUAGUGAGGAUUCUGAGUCAUUUAUUUGGCUUUUCAAAGCCUGGUUGUCAUGUAUGCACGGACGUGCUCCAAAGGCAAUAAUCACUGACCAAUGUCGAUCAAUGGCCAUUGCUAUUGAAAAAGUAUUUCCAAACACCAAUCAUCGUUUUUGUCUUUGGCAUAUCAUGAAGAAACUCCCUACAAAGUUGGCUGCUCACGCUCAGUAUAAAAGUAUAAAAAAAGCAUUGAAGAACAUUGUCUAUAACUCAAUCACAAUUGAGCAGUGUGAAAGGAAUUGGAUGAAAAUGAUAGAGGAGUUUGAAUUGGAGGAUAAUGAUUGGUUGAACUCUUUGCACGUACAACGAUCUAAAUGGAUUCCUGUAUAUGUUAAAUGUCACUUCUGGGCAGGCAUGUCAACAUCGCAAAGAAGUGAAAGUAUGAAUGCAUUUUUUGAUGACUUUGUUCAUUCGAAAACAUCCUUAAAACAGUUUGUUGAACAAUAUGAUAGGGCACUGAAGAAAAAUAUAGAGAAGGAAAAGAAACUGGAUUUUCAGUCUUUUAAUUCCACCAUUCCAAUUGUUAGUGGUUAUUCUUUGGAAAGACAAUUUCAAAGUGUAUAUACUAACGACAUUUUUAAGUUGUUUCAGAAUGAAGUGACAGGAUUGAUGUUUUGUGACACAUCCAUAAUUGAAGACGAUGGGAGAACUACUAUAUUUGGAGUAGUGGAGUCAAUUUUGGGUACUAAUGGAGAACAUUUGAGGGAUGUUUCAUUCAAGGUACACUACACCCCUGUGGAGAGUUUUGUAAACUGUUAA